CCGUGCUUUUGGUCUGUUCAAGCGCCAGGAACAUGGCCCAAAGCGGAUGUUUUCAACAAGGACAGCCGUUAUUAUUGUGAGAAGUAAGCAUUGGCGAUGCUUUAUAUAGCAUUGCAUGUUCCCUCUCGCUUUCUGCCCAUCUUGCAACAGCUCAAGCCGUCAAGAUGCGUCUCUCAACCCUUUUCCUGUCAUUGAUUGGCGUGGUCUCCACCACUGCCUCUGCGCUUCCUAAACGCCAGACCACACAACCCACCUUCUCCCGCAAUGUUGUCUUCACCCCUCCGAGAAAUGCUGGCUGGACUGAUCCAAGUGUCCUCUAUGCCCGCAGUGCACAGCUUGCCGACGGCUCCCUACUCGCAACUUGGGAGAAUUAUUCCCCCGAGCCACCCAAGGUGUACUUUCCCAUCUUCAAGUCUUCCGAUGGCGGCCUUACAUGGAGGGAAAUUUCGCGCGUCCAGGAUACCCAGUAUGGCUAUGGUCUGCGGUACCAGCCCUUCAUCUACGUCUUACCCGAGAGCAUUGGCGGCUUCCCGGCCGGAACAGUUCUGGUUUCAGGCUCAGCCAUCCCCAAGGACCUCUCCAGCACCCAUAUUGAACUUUACGCAUCUCGAGACUCUGGACUGACCUGGACCUUCGUCUCUCAUAUUGCAGCCGGUGGUGAAGCUCGUCCUAACAACGGCUUGACACCUGUCUGGGAGCCCUUCCUGAUGUUGCACAACAAGAAGUUGAUCUGCUACUACUCGGACCAGCGCGAGAACGCCACUUACGGCCAGAAGAUGGUCCAUCAGACCACUACAGACCUCAAGACAUGGGGCCCAGUUGUCAACGAUGUCGCAUACUCCAAGUACACUGACCGCCCAGGCAUGCCCACCGUCGCCAAGCUGCCAAACGGACAAUUUAUCAUGACUUACGAAUACGGCGGUGGUCCUGCUAUCCCCAACUCCUACCAGUUCCCCGUCUACUACAAGAUUGUGUCCGACCCCGAAAAGUUUGGCCAAGCCCAAGGCAUCAGCCUCAAGGCCACUGACGGCACUAUUCCCAGUGGCUCGCCGUACGUAGUGUGGAGUUCGGUCGGUGGCGCAAAUGGCACAAUUAUUGCGAGCGCGCACAGCGGUUCGCAGGUCUUCAUCAACAGGGGUCUUGGAAAGGGCAACUGGAUUAAGAUCGACACACCUGAGGCCAAUUCUUACACAAGGCACCUUCGCGUACUCAAGGACCCAACCAAGCUGUUGCUUAUGGGAGGAGGACAGCUGCCACCUAGCACCACCAACUCAAUCACCGUUACCGUUGUUGACAUCAGCAAGUGGUGAUUGUGCGAUGUGCUGUGAGGAUUCUAUGUACAUUCUUCGUUAUAUUUUGGAUCCCUACUAUAAUCACAGAUCAUUAUGAAUACCAUAAGACUACAUAACGAUAAAAGAUAACGGCCAUAUCAUAGUUUAGUGAAUAUGACACCAUAGUGAGCUUCC